GCCGAGUCAGCUGUCGCUCGAGUCUGUCGUCAUCCGGAGCGUCUGCAAGCGGACUCCUCGGGCACUGCAUGCUUGCACUCCGAUUACUUCGACAAACAUGAAGCUCGCAGCGGUCGCAGUCCUGCUUGUGUGUGCUUGGCACCUCGCUCUACUUGGAGAUGCCAAACAGAUUGCUGCACGACAGGACGCUGAGGAGGGAACCGAUGCUAGUGGUGACGACGUCACAGCAAUACCCGGGCUACGAAAAUCUCACAAGCCCAUGCAUGGUCGUGGCCCUCCCAACCACCCUCCAAACAUACACGCACAUAAGAACGAAGGCGCCUCUGCGACAGGCACUGGGGAAGCCUUGUUCCUGACACCCUUAAUCAAGGAAGGAAAACUGGAUGAAGCCAAGUACAAAAGCAAAGUGGGCGCGCUCGGUGCUGAUAUAGAAGUGCCUGGCUUCUCUGGCUACAUAACCGUCAACCCGCAGUACAACAGCAACCUCUUCUUCUGGUUCGUGCCAUCCUUGAGCGAUCCUGAGAAUGCCCCGGUGAUACUGUGGAUGCAAGGCGGUCCGGGAACGACGUCCAUGCUGGGCUUCUUCGCUGAAAACGGGCCGUACAUUCUGUCGGCGGACGGUGCGGAGAUCAGGUACCGCGAGAUCAACUGGGCGUCGCGCUACUCGAUGCUCUACGUGGACCAGCCCGUAGGCACGGGCUUCAGCUUCACCGAGAACGAAGCUGGCUACGCGCGCAACCAGACCGACGUGGGACGUGACAUGCUAGAGUUUCUACAGCAGUUCUUCACGCUUUUCGGAGAACUGGCCCAGAACGGCCUCUACCUUUCCGGAGAGUCCUAUGCCGGCAAGUACGUUCCGACAGUCGGAGCCACAUUGCACCAGAAUGCCGACACUAUGCGGGUGAAAAUCAACUUCAAGGGUAUCGCCUACGGCAAUGGCAUAACAGACCCAAUCAACAUGUUGGGUGUCGCCGAUUUCAUCUACCCGAUCGGACUUAUGAGUCGAAGCGCCGCCGAAUACAUGUCGAGCGCCACUCGAGAGGCGGAGCAGCACAUCCGGGCAGGCAACACUGCCGAAGCCUUUAAUCUCAUGGAUAGGAUGUUCUUCGGAAUCGUGACUAAGGAGGACACGUACUUCAAGAACGUCACUGGGUACAGUUACUACUACAACUACUUGACCAGCACCGAGCCCAAGGGCACCAGGGCGUACAAGGUCUUCUUGCCGAAGCCUCAAGCUAGGCGCGCCUUGCACGUGGGCGACAUGGAAUUCAGCAUUACGCGUGACGUCGUGGCCGGGCACUUCUACGACGACUUCAUGCGCUCGGCCGUACCGCAGUUCACCGAGGUGCUUGAGAACGGCUACAAGGUUCUCGUCUACAGCGGUCCGCUCGAUAUCUGCGUGCCCACGAUCAUGACCGAGAACUUCCUCGCGCACGUAGCCUGGUCACACGCAGAUGACUGGAGCCACGCUGUCCAACACCCGUGGUGGAGCGCCGAUGGUGAGCACCUGUACGGUUACAAGAGGACGUUCAAGAACCUCAACUACGUGGUGGUGCGCAAUGGCGGCCACGAGCUGCCACUCGACCAGCCCGAGGCCAUGCUGGAGCUCAUCACGGCCUUCAUAGAGGACACAGAGCCAUUCACCGACGAGCCGACGACAACUGUAGAGUAGGUGCCUAACAUCGUCUAACUCCACGCUGUUAAUGUUCUCGUGAUUGUUUCAAAACAAACGUCUGGGACGUGACGUUCAACUUCGAUAUCCAUGUAUGUUUUGAUAAAGGUUUACGUGGGUUUUGGUCACCUGCAGAGUAAUUUAUCGGCCUAGUGGUUAAAGAUUCACCGCCUUGGGAGGUUCAUGCCACUGGCUGUAAUUCCAUGGCUAUUGCUGUACGAAAAUUUCCCAGAAGGCACCCGCAGAGAUGGCACCAGCGUAGCGUAGUGGGCAAAAAAAAGUGCACGCAAUGGAAUGUACGUGUAACGUAGAAUGUAAAAGUUUGGACUAGUUGGCUGGUGAUCCUUAACAGAGCUUAAAUAACUAAUCUACAUGUAAACAAAGUAAGCAAUGCACGUAUACUCCUGCUUUUUAUUUACCUUGGCUAGGAGUACGUCAUCAAGCUUCAUGCAUUGUCAAGGAAUGUAAGUUCGGUUCCAACUCACUGACUCAUCUCUUCCUGCUCUUUCAAUUCUACUUGUACUAGUUUUCCGGCAUCUGAAGGAUAUUAUUUAAAUGUAAGAGUUAAUUUCCGCUAUUCUCAAUCGCUAUGGCUUCGUCACUCACACGCCAUGGUGUGGCUGUGCUGCAUCACAAAUAAAGUCACUUUCACUGCCCCA